CAGAAACUAAUAGUCAGACAGUUAAAAAGAGAACGUGGAUUACCAGUAUUUGAUUUAGAUCAUGAAGUUAAUAAAAGAUUAAAAUCAGAUAAGGAAGAUAGUGAGCCACCAGUACAGUUUACAAGAUUUCCUCAUGGCGAUUUAAGAGUGCUAGACAGAUUUCAGAUAGGUAACCAUGCCUCUGUAGAGUUACAGCCAGAAAGACCAUGUUUUAUCAACCGCUUAGUAGGAACAGAUGAUGACCAAUUACAAAGUAUUAGAAGCCCUUACACAACUAGAAUCUUAAAACCAUUUAUCAGAAGAGAUUAUGAAUCACAACCAUUGAAAAUGAAAUUAUUAGAAGAAAUAAAAGCUUAUCCUCACAGAAAUGAUAAAAAUUGGAAAGCUAGUGAUCCACCAUCUAUAGAUUAUUGUUAUGUUAGACCAGAACAUAUACCAUCAGUUAAUAUAUUAUCACAACAAUUCUUCUGGCCUCAUAUAGACUUGUCAGAAUGUCUCCAUUAUCCUGAUUUUAGUUGUGUUGUAUUAUUUAGAAAAAUUGUGAUAGGUUUUGCAUUUAUGGUACCUGAUGUAAAAUAUAAUGAAGCAUAUAUAUCAUAUUUAUUUACUCAUCCUGAAUGGAGACGAGCCGGUAUUGCUAAAUUCAUGGUUUACCAUCUUAUACAGACAUGUAUGGGUAAAGAUGUGACUUUACAUGUUUCUGCUACAAAUCCUGCCAUGUUAUUGUACCAGAAAUUUGGUUUUAAACCAGAAGAAUUUCUACUUGAUUUUUAUGAUAAAUACUAUCCUGUAGAUAGUAAAGAAUGUAAACAUGCCUACUUCCUCAGGUUGAGAAGAUAAUAAAGUAAAAAUCAAUCUAUAUUGAUUCUUGUGAAUCUUUUAGUA